AUGGAGCGUCUAAGUCUGGAGGCUCGACAAGAUAUUGCAGAAAGAAAGGAUGUUCUGGACCAAUGGGAAAAGACAGUCAGACGCAACCAACAUCGAGGGAAUGAAAUAGAAACAGUUCUAGGGGAACGAAUGGCUGCAAACUCGGAAAAACUGAGGCUUCAGAGUGUCAUAAGAGGCGAUAAAAUUGAACUGAAAAAUCUGGACGUUUUAAUUCGCAAAGAAGAAGAGAAGAUGGCCAACAAGGAACAUAUAAUAUACGAUCAAGCGCUCAAAAUUUUCCAACUUGAAAGUCGCAUAGAUAGACUGCAAAACGAGACACCUGAGGUCGGAAGCUCGGGAAUCCAAGAAGAUAUAAACAAACUAUCCGACGAAUUGUCGAGGCUUUCUGAGGUUCAAAUAAAACUUUCGGACGAACUAAAAUCCAUCCAGGUUGAAUCAAAGAAGACUGACCACACAACUGAGAAGUUGCUAAAGGAAAAGGCUUCUACAAGCGCACAACGAACAAACGACGAAGUUUAUGUAGAACGAACAGAGAAGUUACUGAGGCAAAAGAGAACCAACUACAAUCAACUAGUCGUGGAAAAAACAAUGCUGAGAUUAAAAUUGAGAGAAGCCGAAAAAAAGUUGAUUGCAUACACUGACGAGGUUAUGAAUUUGGAGAAAUAUCGCCUAGACAUGAAGAGGAUACUUCAAGAAAGAGAAAUAGAAAUCUCAGAUAACAAAGAUAUUGUUUUGGCAGAAUUGCGCCUCGUAAAUGAAAGAAGGUUGCUCCUAAGAAAGGAACUAAGUGUGCGGCGAAUGCAAAUAGAGAAACUAAUCGCCCGGUUCGAAGUUGAUUCAAUGAAAACGGCGUCUUCAGAAGAAAAAGAAACUAACAGUCAAAUGUUCGACUUCAUAGAGGCCCUACAAGAAUUAGACGAAUUGAAGCUAUACGGCACUGACUUAGAUACUAGUAUAAAGAAGUCCGAAAAGGAGCUGGAGGCCCUUCGAAACACCCUGGCUCUUUUGAAAGAGAGCGAUCAUCUGUACGAGAAUAAGUGCGUUGAAGUGAACUCAGAACUAGUUAAUCAAAAAACCAUACUAAAAACGCGCUGCAUGGACCUCAGAACUAUUGCCAAUGAAAAAAAAGAAAGAAGCACAGAAAUGCACACAAGAUUGAAGGAGGUGUUAGUUCAUUUGGAAAAUGUCAGAGAAGACGAAAUGAAUGCUCUUCUUUGUGAAAAUGAACUGAAAGAGCACCUGGAGAAGCGCAAAAAGGAACUCCAUCUCUUGAAAGAACGCCUUUCUAGAGCUGCACGCGUUUUGAAGAAAGCAAAGACAGCUGUGAUUAAUCAAAUAAGUGAGGCUGGCCACCCCAUUCAAGAGGAAAUGGAUGUCGAUAUUGAGGCUCAGUUAGCCAAGGACUUAAAUCGAAUGACUGUGGCUCUCAUAAUGAGUAGUCUGAAAGGAAACGAUGAGAUGGUAGACCAUGCUCGAGCGCUCCUCAACGCUUCUGGGCUUGCCGCCUCUGAAAGUGGGCCUUCACGGCAAAGCGGGCUGUCGUCUCGGAACUCCAGAAAUGCCGACCAACAAAGCGCAACAUCAUCUAGAAAAAAUGCUUUCUGCAGCAUACAGCCAACAGCAAGAGAAUCCUUGACGGAACACCUGGCCAACACGACCGGAGAGAAUACAAUUGUAGGGGAAUCACUAAGUGGCAGAUCGUCUUCGACAAAUGGUAAAGCAAACUUUCUUUAA